AUGACUUUUGAAGUACAAGAUAAAUUAGAGAAAUUACCAAUACCUGAUUUAAAUCAAACUUGUGCUCAAUAUUUGAACAUUUUAAAACCAUUACAAACUGAACAAGAACAUUUAAAUACUAUAUCUUCAGUUGAGACUUUUCUUAAAUCAGGAAUUGGUUCGUACUUAGAUUCAGAAUUAAGACAAUAUUCUAAAACUAGACCUUCAUAUAUUGAACAAUUUUGGUAUGAUUCUUAUUUGAAUUAUGAUUCACCGGUUGUUUUAAAUUUAAAUCCUUUUUUUUUGUUAGAAGAUGAUCCAUUCACAAAUGAAUCAAGUUCAAUAAAUCCACAAAUCAAAAGAGCAACAAAAUUGACGUUAUCUAGUUUAAAAUUUAUUCAAGCUUUAAAAAAUGAGACAUUGUCAAUCGAUAAAUUAAAAAAUGGUCAGCCAUUAUGCAUGUAUCAAUAUACUAAAUUAUUUGGUGCUUCUCGUAUUCCAACAAAUGAUGGAUGUAUGAUGCAAACUGACGCAAAUUCGAAUCACAUUGUUGUAAUGUCAAAAUCUCAAUUUUAUUGGUUUGAUGUUCUUGAUUCCAAUAAUAAUCUCAUAUUAUCAGAAUCGGAAUUAAAUAUAAAUUUUCAAUCUAUAAUAAAGGAUUCGUUAAAUACACCAAGCUCAGAAAUUGCAAAAAGCUCAUUUGGUGUUUUAACUACAGAAAAUAGAAGAAUUUGGUCAAAUGUCAGAAAUAAUUUAAUUUAUCAAAAUAAUACAAAUAAUGAAAUAUUGACAAUUAUUGAUUCAGCUUUGUUUAUCUUAUGCUUAGAUGAUAUUGUUAUAAAUGAUUUAUCAGAAUUGAGUAAAAACAUGUUAUGUGGUUUGAGUAUAUUGGACAAAGGUAUACAAAUUGGUACAUGUACAAAUAGAUGGUACGAUAAAUUACAAAUUAUAAUCACGAGGAAUGGUAAAGCUGGUAUAAAUUUUGAACAUACUGGUGUUGAUGGUCAUACAGUUCUUAGAUUUGUUUCUGAUAUUUAUACAGACUCCAUUUUAUCAUUUGCUCAACUGAUCAAUCAAAACUCACCUUCAUUAUGGACAAAUAACGCAAACACAACUACAGCUUCAGAUAUAGAAGAAAAUUUGAUUACUAUUCCACGUAAGUUAGAAUGGGAUUUAACUCCUGAUUUAUCAUUAGCUUUGAGAUUUGGUGAAACAAGAUUAUCGGAUUUAAUAAAUCAAAAUGAAUUUAGACAUUUAGAAUUCAAGAAUUAUGGUUCAAAUCAAAUUAAAAAAAUGAAGUUUAGUCCCGAUGCUUUUAUUCAAAUGGCUUUUCAGGUCACUUACUAUGCUUUAUAUGGAAAAGUCGAGUGUACUUACGAACCAGCAAUGACUAAACAGUUUUAUCAUGGUAGGACAGAAGCUAUAAGAACUGUUUCACAAGAAUCCAAUCUAUUUGUACGUAAGUUCUUUGAUUCAAAUACUUCAAGUAAGGAAAAAUUACAAUUUUUAAGUCAAGCAUGUUCAAAACAUUCAAAACAAACAAAAAUGAGCUCAAUGGGACAAGGAGUAGAUCGUCAUUUAUAUGCUUUGUUUUGCAUUUGGAAGAGAUAUUUACAAGAAGAAGAAGAACAUAAAGAAGAAUUGGUAUCAACAGAAAUGUCAAAUGAAGAUACUAUAGUUUCAGCAAACGAUCAUUCAUAUGCAGAUAUACUCAAGGAGUUACCCUCAAUCUUUGCUGAUCCAGGUUGGGAUAAGUUGAAUAAUACAAUCAUUUCGACUUCAAAUUGUGGUAACCCUGCUCUUAGGUUAUUUGGAUUUGGUCCGGUAAGUGCAAAUGGUUUUGGUAUUGGUUAUAUCAUAAAGGAUGAUUCUAUAUCAAUAUGUGCUUCUUCAAAACAUAGACAAACUCAAAGAUUUUUGGUCACAUUAAACAGUUAUUUACAAGAGAUUUUAAGUAUUUGGAAACAAAUUCAAAUUGAAGAAAUCAAAUCAAAGCAAGAGAUCAAAGAACCAGAAGUUUCUGAAGCCAAACCAAAAAAAUCUCAUUUAUCUACUUUAUUAGGAGGAUAUGGUUAUUUUGAUAUGGGUGAUGAUUUGAUUAAAUCGAGGGGUCAAUCUCCUGAGCCUCCAUUUCUAAAUAGAGGAAAUUCGACAUUUAGCAUUAGGGAAAUUGGAAAAAAAUUAAGAUUAAGUGAAUACUAA